CCCACCCUCCCGCCCCCCAGGAGACAUGAAGGGGAAUUUCUGCAGGGAAGCAGCAGCUCUGCAGCGAGGGGUUCUCGGCUGCCAUUUGGCCUUGCAAACUGCUCUGUAAAAGACCACUCCAAGGGGGAAAAAGAAACCUGUCUCCCCCCUCCUCCACCCUCUUUUUUUUUUUUACCCUGGUUUUAUUUUUUAUUUUUUCCACCCCUCUCCGUAUUUAUUCUUUUUGUUUUUUUACUGAAUCCUCGGGUCCCCCCUGGCUGGCUCAGAUAUGAUUGCCUGUAAGCAGCGGGUUUGGCCGGUCCCCUUGCUGCCCUGGACCCUCCUGCUGAUCAGCACUGCGGCGGGCUCAGCUUCCCAGAGUGAAGAGCGAUUAUGCGCAUUCAAAGACCCAUAUCAGCAGGACCCAGGGAUUGGUGAGAGUCGAAUCUCUCAUGAAAACGGCACCAUUUUGUGUUCAAAGGGCAACACCUGCUAUGGACUCUGGGAGAAAUCGAAAGGGGACAUCAAUCUUGUGAAACAAGGUUGCUGGUCCCACAUUGGAGACCCCCAAGAGUGUCACUACGAAGAGUGCGUAGUAACAACCACCCCUCCCUCAAUUCAGAAUGGAACCUACCGUUUUUGCUGCUGUAGAACGGAUUUGUGUAACGUCAACUUCACCGAGAAUUUUCCUCCUCCCGACACAACACCUCUGAGUCCACCUCAUUCACUUCACCGGGAUGAGACCAUAGUCAUCGCCUUGGCUUCAGUCUCCGUCCUGGCUGUCUUGAUUGCCGCCCUGUUCUUCGGAUACAGGAUGCUGGCAGGGGACCGUAAGCAAGGGCUGCACAGUAUGAACAUGAUGGAGGCCGCCACCUCGGAGCCCUCUCUAGACCUGGAUAACCUGAAGCUGUUGGAGUUGAUUGGUCGGGGCCGAUACGGAGCGGUUUAUAAAGGUUCCUUGGAUGAGCGUCCAGUGGCCGUCAAGGUCUUUUCCUUCGCUAACCGUCAGAACUUCAUCAAUGAAAGGAACAUCUACAGAGUUCCCCUGAUGGACCACGACAACAUCGCUCGCUUCAUUGUUGGGGACGAGAGAUUCACGUCGGAUGCCCGCAUGGAGUAUUUGUUGGUCAUGGAAUACUAUCCCAAUGGAUCUUUGUGCAAGUAUCUGAGUCUCCACACAAGUGACUGGGUAAGCUCUUGCCGUUUAGCCCAUUCAGUGACCCGAGGCCUGGCCUACCUUCACACAGAAUUACCACGAGGAGAUCAUUACAAACCUGCAAUUUCCCACCGAGACUUAAACAGCCGGAACGUCCUCGUGAAGAACGACGGAGCCUGUGUUAUCAGUGACUUUGGGCUGUCCAUGAGGUUAACCGGCAAUAGACUCGUGCGUCCGGGGGAGGAGGACAACGCAGCCAUAAGCGAGGUCGGCACGAUUCGCUACAUGGCUCCAGAAGUGCUGGAAGGGGCCGUGAACCUACGAGACUGUGAGUCGGCUCUGAAGCAAGUGGACAUGUACGCCCUCGGCCUCAUCUACUGGGAGAUAUUUAUGAGAUGCACCGACCUCUUCCCAGGUGAGUCCGUGCCAGAGUACCAGAUGGCUUUCCAGACAGAAGUCGGAAACCAUCCCACUUUCGAAGACAUGCAGGUCCUAGUGUCUCGGGAAAAGCAACGACCCAAAUUCCCAGAAGCCUGGAAAGAAAACAGCCUGGCCGUGCGGUCCCUCAAAGAGACGAUCGAAGACUGCUGGGAUCAGGAUGCCGAGGCAAGACUGACAGCACAGUGCGCGGAGGAGCGGAUGGCCGAGCUCAUGAUGAUUUGGGAGAGGAACAAGUCCGUGAGCCCCACCGUCAAUCCCAUGGCUACCGCGUUGCAGAAUGAGCGGAACCUGUCGCACAGCAGGCGGGUCCCUAAGAUCGGCCCUUACCCAGACUACUCAUCUUCCUCCUACAUAGAAGACUCGAUCCACCACAACGACAGCCUGGUGAAGAACCUGUCCUCGGAGCAGUCCACCUCCGGUACGCCGCCGACUGCCGGGGAGAAGAAUCGAAACUCCAUCAACUACGAACGGCAGCAGGCGCAGGCCCGGAUCCCCAGCCCGGAGACGAGCGUCACCAGCCUGUCCACCAACACCACCGCCACCAACACCACGGGCCUCACCCCCAGCACGGGCAUGACGACCAUCUCGGAGCUGCCCUCCUCCGAGGAGAGCCACCCCCGGGCCGCCCCCGGGGCCCCGCCCGCGGGCCCGACUCCGGUCUGCCUGCAGCUGACGGAGGAGGACCUGGAGACCAAUAAACUGGACCCGAAAGAAGUGGACAAGAACCUGAAGGAGAGCUCCGACGAGAACCUCAUGGAGCACUCGCUGAAGCAGUUCAGCGGGCCCGACCCCCUGAGCAGCACCAGCUCCAGUCUGCUCUACCCGCUCAUCAAGCUGGCGGUCGAGGCCACGGGGCAGCAGGACUUCCCGUCGGCCGGAAACGGGCCGACGCCGCUCGUUCCCGACGUCCCCUCGGCCCAGGUGUACCCUCUGCCCAAGCAGCAGAAUCUCCCCAAGAGGCCCACCAGCCUGCCCCUGAACCCCAAAAACUCCACCAAGGAGCCGCGCCUGAAGUUCGGCAGCAAGCACAAGUCGAACCUGAAGCAGGUGGAGACGGGAGUGGCCAAGAUGAACACCAUCAACGCCGCGGAGCCCCACGUGGUGACGGUCACCGUGAACGGGGUGGCCGGCAGGACCCACGGCGCCCAUUCGCACGCGGCGCCGGCCCCCUACGCCAACGGGGCGGUGCCCGCCGGCCAGACGGGCAAUUCGGUGGCCCACCGGGCCCAGGACCUGCUGCAGAACCAGUUCGGCGGCGAGGACGGUCGGCUGAAUAUCAACUCCAGCCCCGACGAGCACGAGCCCCUGCUGAGACGAGAGCAGCAGGCCGGCCACGACGAAGGGGUCCUGGACCGCCUGGUGGACAGGAGAGAGAGGCCUUCGGACGGCGGCCGCACAAACUCCAAUAACAACAACAGCAACCCGGCCUCCGGGCGAGAGGCCCUCGGCCUCGGCUCCCAGGGCCCGGCCGGAGGGCCCGGCCAGCCGCGGCCCAGGAGGGCCCCGAGGCCCAAUUCGCUGGAUCUGUCCGCCACACGAAGCCUGGGCGGAGACGGGGGGCACUUAGGCGAGUCGGCCCAAGACGGCAAGCCGGGAUCCGGGGAAAAGAUCAAGAAGCGCGUGAAGACGCCCUACUCGCUGAAGCGGUGGCGCCCCUCCACGUGGGUCAUCUCCACCGAGCCGCUGGACUGUGAGGUCAACAACAACAACAGCAGCAGCAGCAACGGGCGGGAGGAGCGCGGGCCGCAUUCGAGGUCCGGCACGGCCGUGGUCCUGGCGGGCGGGGGCACCGCCACCACCCUGCUUCAGGCCCAAGACCCCGGGAUCAACUGCCUGUGAAGCCUGUUCGGAGCCUUCGAAAACGACUCUUUUUGCAUCAUUUGAAAUCAACGUGCGGAAGAUGUUAAGAAAAAAACUGCUUUCUCCCCCUGUCGGCGUCCCCUCCCGACGACUUGCUUUAAAUAGAUUUCAGCUAUGCAGAAAAUUUUUAGCUUAUGCUUCCAUAUUUUUUCAUUUUGUUUCCCCCCCUUUUUUUUGAAUGUUUUUGCACUUUUAUUUAGUCUCGCUCAAGUCUGUCACGACCACCAACUUAUAUAUAUGUGUAUCAAAGAAGGGUGGUCUCAAAAUAUUUUUUUAAAAAAAAGUAUGUAUUGUGGAUAAUCAGUUUGGACCAGUUUCUGAAGGUCACUAAAAACAAGCAGACUCUUAAGACAGGUUUGACUGCAGUGGUGUCUUGUAUAUUCAUGUUUUGAUUUCUGUGCACAAGCUAGUUUGUAAGUUUCUACCUUCCCCAACUGUUAGCCUCUUUUGAACACCCUCCUUUUCUGUGUUCUGUUGAAACGUGCAAUAGUCUGUAGGCCAUAGUACGCUUUCUUGAAAGUGUUUUUCUAAACUCCAAGUUAGGGAUUCUCCCGAUGGCAGGCCUUUCUUUCCGAAGAGUUCGGUCGGCCAGUCUCCACCGGGCGGUGAACCCAUGCACGACUCUCAGCUCUCGGAGAAACUGGUUUCUGGUUUCUCCCCAACGGACUCUCUGAGAAGGCGGAAGCGUCGCCCGAAGGGUCGGAGGAAGGCAGGAAAUAAGCUUGAUGUGAAAUGACAUUCCGCCCUUCCUUCCAGAUCUGUCUCGUUUCCUCCGAGGCCUUAAGAAACCAUUGGUCUGGUACUGGUCUUGGAAGGUUUAGAAAAGAAAGUGUUGAGAACAUAAUGUAAGACAAGAGAAUGCGUGCGGUUUGUCUCAUUUUCUCUGAACGAAUUUUGCCGUGUUCGUGUAUGUAGAUACAUUUUUCCCCAUUCAUCCACAUUAGUAAUGUGUAUUUCAGACUUUUUUGUUUUCAAAACUGUAAAGAACUUUGUUACCCCAGUGUUCCAAAAAUAGGUCAUCUCCUUAGUCGUAUGAGCCGUUUCAAUCCCAGCCUUCUGACUGGUCCGUUUCCCACCCAGGAGAGGUCAGUUUUCAGUCAGUCAAUCAAUCGAUGGCAUUUGUUGAGUGCUCACUGGAUGCCGAGCACUGUAUUAAGUGUUUGGGGGAGUCGAUAGCCACGUUCCUGGUUAAAAACUGAUGAAAUGGGUAAAGGGGGUCACCGUCGGCAGACCCGUAGUGCCUCACUCUCCUUCAUCUGAAAAGGGUUCCCUUCUCCAGACCUCAGGCACUGUGUGGAAAAUGAUUCAGUCAGCCUGCCCGUUAAGGUCACCCUCUCACCUGCCUGUCUUUAAGCCGAUGGAUUGUGAGCUCUCCUUUCAGAGACAGGCUGUUUGUUUUCUGUUUGCUCCUUGGGUUCAUCUCCUUGACCCUUGUUGUCUGAGUGAUUCCCCAAAAUUGUAUUCCCCAGUCCCGGAAUCCUUCCUAGUUCCCUUCCUUCAAACUCAGUAGCCUCCGCAUUGUGAUUUCUCGAAAACUGAGAGCCUUCUGUUCAUCAGGGACACCAUUUUUCUAAGCACAACUCGGAGAACCUAAUAGAACAAAAAAACCAAGACAGGACUUGACUUUUCCACAUAGCUUCCACGGCUUUUACCCAGAGUAACAUCAUCAAUCUAAUGUCCUCAGGGAGAUAGGGAACAGCAGAGCUCAGAACUCAGAUCUCCCGAUUUCUGCCUUACCCAUUACCCCCACACCUUUAUCCUCCUUCCCAUCCCUUUCCGUGCAGGCUUCUUCUUUUAGCUUAAGAGGCAUCCGCCCCUUCCCAGUUUGCAUUCUCCUCUCCUUGUUCCUUGGGCUGGCCUUUGUGGUCUGACAGCCAGGAGCUAUUGAAACAGUUGCCAGGUGUUGGUUUCGAGACCCGGUACCCAGGUCUGAAUGCUCGGCCCUCAUGGCUUUCGGUUCCCCAGUUGAUUUCUCUUGGCUAAGUUCUCCACACUUUCUCAAGUCUCUGAAUAACUGUCGAUAAACUGUUUUCUGCGGUGAUAUCUCCAUUUACCGGCCUAAUGAAAAUGAUUCCCCACUCUUUUGGUGACUUUUCCCUUUGGAGGUUUCUCUUCUACAGUUCAGAGAAUUAUCAUUCAAAAACAUUUGCGAGGCAUGCCAACUUCUCUCCCUUUCCGAAACCUGGGAAAGCAUCAAGGAUUUUUGUGCUUUUUCUCUUCCUACCAGGGUAGGAAUCAUUCCAUUUCCCCUAGCCGUCCGACUGUCGGGAGGGUUCCAGCAUCUUAAAAGACCUGUACAAUCAAAAGAUGGAACACGGUUGAUGUCAGAGAGAGACAUACUCUGAUAUUCUCCAGCUUUGGAAGGUGAAUUUUUACAGGAAAGCACAUCACCUGUAGUGUAAUCCCAAAAGAUGUUUGCUAAAAUGCCUCUGACAUUUUAUUUCUAGCAACUUCCAUCUUCUUGAAAUGGUUUACAAUCAAAUCCAAGAACUUCAUUUUUUGAUAAAGUUUCAGAUGGGAUCCAUUGGGCAGAAUCCAGGGUCCGAAGAAGAAAUGUUGUUUGAUUCUGAUGAAUAACCAGUAGCCAGAGUGUCCUGGCUUUCAUUGUGUAGCUUGAGCAAAAAGCCUAGAAGCAAAAAGGUUGAAAUGGAGAUGACCCCAAUCACCAGUGAGCACCUGCUAAGUGCCAGGCACUGAACUAAAUGCACAACAAUGAGAAGACACACAGUCAGUUUCCUGCAGGAUCAGUCGGGAAUUUACUGUGCACUGUCUGCGUGCAGAGGACUGAGCUAGGUGCUUGGGAGAGGACAACACAAAAUUGGGAGCCACGAUCCCUGCCCACAGGGAGUUUACAGUCUAGAAAGGAGUUUAGGCGCUUGGCAUUCAGUGGAGUGGGAAAAUGGUGAUCCGGCGACCCUAAAAGAACCAACCUAAAGUAAUCUGGUUCUAAAGUAUUUCCUCUCAACUAAGCUUUCACAAAUGAACAGAAAAUCGAUUAGUCGGUAUAGUCAGAGCACUAUACUGGGCACUUGGGGGAGUACAACAGAAUUAGCAGACAUGUUCCCUGCCCAUUACGAGCUUACAGUCUAGAGGGGGAGACACUAUCAUAGUCAUUUUAUUUCUUUCUUUCUGAAUAAGUUUUGGUCAUAAUGAAAUCAUGAUGUUCCUGUUCCUCUUUCUAAUGUGCAGCACAAAAGUAUAUUAUAUGGAUAAAAUGACAGUGUAAAUAAUGAUGGAUUGUGCCAAUAUUCAGACAGUGACUGAAUGGUUGGUAUGUUGACUUCCGGUUGGGAAUUUGAAUAGAUAUUCCAUCACACUUGAGGCUGAUCUGUAGUACAGCCAAGAUCAACUACUUUAAUCAUUUUAGAAGUGUAAAUGCUAGAAUCUAGGCAUGCGUCAGUAGGCAUGGAUAGACAUGGAUGUAGUGAAUUUUUCCUAAUUAAAAAAAUGGUUAUCUAUUUGGAAUGUAUGUCUAAUUCAAAGAAAAAAAAUCCAUCCCAGUCUUGCCACUAGAAAUCCUAAAGGAAUUUUGCUUGUACAGUCUGAGAGAUUCUUACACUGCCAAGCUAAACGCAAGUGUUUGGAGAAAAUGAGUGAGUUAUCAAAAUCAAGAGACUUUAAAAUUUGUUGCGUUUCAGUGCACAACGCAAGUAAAUCUUUUUAGCAUCUUUCAGGCUCACUAUUUCUGUAACUCUCAUCUGGGAAAAGAUCUGGUUUCAGUGGCAGUGACGUUGAAUUGUUUUUAUUAAAAUCAACUGAGGCAGUGACCAAAGCGAGUAGGCUGUUGGACAGAAUUCAGGGAUAGUUACUGAUGUCCUUUUGAAGGUUUUGGAGCUGAGGGUCCCUUCGACACCCCCAUUUUCCAGAAAAGCUAACCAAUCUUGAAUGCCAACUGAACUGAAAAGAACAAAUAUUCAGUAACCUCAAAAUUGGGCAAGAGGCAUAUUCUUCUUCCCAAAAUGUGAUUCAGAAAGAUCAUCCAAGGUCACUUUUGAAGCAGAGGAGUCCAUAUUUGCUGGGGUUUCCAGCCCCACUAAUAUCCCCACAGUCAUUUUGUGAUGGAGGAAACCUCUCUUGAACUGUGAAACUUGAUUGGUUUUCUCCCCUCGUUUGUGUGUGGAAAUGAAUUCUCAGGAGGGAGUGAUUUCUGGUUGAAAGAUCUCAAGGUCCCCUGUUUCUCUUCAUUCUCCAGGGUAUGUCCAUAGACCAUUUUCUUCCCAGCCGUUUUCUGGCGACCGACCUGCGUGUUUUGUCACGUCUGAUGUUCUUUCAAGCACUUCACUCUGCAAGGUCCUCAAGCCUCACCGCGUCCCCACUGAUGGAUGCAAACUCCAGCCUCAACAACAUUGGCUCUUUGCUUGUUGGCAGAAAAAUAAGGUUGCUUAGCAUUUCUCCAAAUUCUAUUCAUACAGAGAAGGGCAGCAAAAAACAAGAAAAAGCAUAGAAUUAUAGGAUGGGUAUUCAUUAAUUGUGGUAUUUGUUCAGCGCUUACUAGGUGCCAAGCACUGGGAUGGAUUGCAAGAUAAUCAGGUCAGGCUGGGAGAAGUUUCUAAAAGGAAACUAGUCCAUCCUCUCUCCACGCAGCUGUUCCUAUCCCUAAAGCUAAUCUUGACUUUAGCUGCCUGUCCUAUUCUUAAAGAACUCCACAGGAGGAGACCCCAGAUCUUCCCUCUCCGGUGUCUUGCAACCUCACUCUCAGGAAACUUUCCUCUCUUGUAUCCCUCCUCUUGCAUUUUUAAUCAGGUCCCUCCUGCCCUCAAGGAAGGCGGAGAACAGCAAAUUCCCAUCUUCUGUCUAGUGUUCCUUCCUAUAUUUAUAGAUAGAAGGGCUCUCUCGGUCUCCUUUCUCCGGUCUUCUACUCCCUCUCCAACUUAUACUUGGAAUCUCUUCAACUAUUAGCUCUUCAAGCCUAGAGCAUGAUGGUGAAAAGCACUCGAGUCUUUUGACUAUUUUUCCCCCGUCGGAUUCAGCUUUCCCUAAGGGGUAAACCGAGAGCUUCCACCUCAGUUCCAGAUAGCGCUGUCAGAACGGCGAAUGAUAAGCCCUUGAGCUUGGACCAGUGAACACCAUUUGCUGCCCGUGAUCUGCAUGAGUGGAAAGGGAAAAGCCACAUGUGAAGAACUGUCAUCUGGCUUUUCCGCGUCGGCCACAGUUUCAACCUUUUCCCAACAAGCUAAAGGGAACUGUAAGAGCCACGUCCGUACAUUUCCAGAGCAUCGUCCAUCGUACACAAAGAUGUCACCCCCAGAGGUGAAGAGUACCCAUGGGCCGUAAUUGUAUUUUUACGAAUAUUUGAUCUUGUGUCAUUUCCAUCACUCGCAGGUUUGAUUCCCACGGCACCGUCCCUAACUAAUCAAGAACGACCUUGAAUUAUUGGGCCUCUUUGGAACUGCCCAUUGGUACGUCGUGCCAGAGUGGAAGGACAGCCUGUUUCCUUUCUUGGGGUUUAAUUAUCUCGGGAAGCUCUGCUCCUCCGGGGUCUUUAAGGAUAGUAUGACUCUCCUGUGAAAAUGGCCGAGGAAUCAACCGGCCACAUUUUAAGGGGAAACGUUCACAAGCACUCAACUUUGUAUUAAGAUGCCUGAAGUCAAUGUGAGUUACUCAGAAGAAUACUUGAAGAUUUCAGUUCCGUUACUCUUACGUUGAAGUGGGUUCGUGUCAGAGUUAAUGUGUGCAUUUGUGUUGUGAACAAAUUGCACCCCUGAUUGCACAUCUAGUCCUUCAGUUGUUGACACCCAGGCAGAGGCAGCCGCGUUAUUGUGUGUGGCGUACGCAGUAUUUGUUUAAAUUGCCUUUGUGAUGUAGAGCAUUUGAUUUGACUCGUGUAGUUACAGUGUAAAAGAUAGGCCUCACUGCAGCCUCCUAAGCGCCUCAUGCCAUGAAAAAACACUUGUCCGGUUCGAGUUACCUGAAAGAUGGGAGUGGCUUCUCAAAGGAACAACCUGUGGCAGGAAUUGAACCAACGCCCUUGGGUUGAAGCUCCUCGCUAAUGCUCUCACAGCCUUCUGGGCAAAUGAAUGCACGUUGAGCCAAAGGUAGGUAGAUGGGAGACCCUCAGCCUCCUUUGAGGUUGGAUGUGCGCAGACGGAACGAAGAAGUUGUAUGACACUUUGAGUUCCUCCUUUGCCUUUUAGAAGCUCUGAAAGGCCACCCGGGGUUUCCCAUCUAUUCAGCGGGAACCCAGAUUCCAUACAUUUCGAUCCAGAGAGCCCUGAGUUUGUGGUCCUUACAUCAUUGGCCUUUAGAGAGCUCCAGAAGGGGCCGGAGUUAAUCCCAACAGUGAAGUGAUCUGCCAUCCAUAUCCCAUUUUUCCCAGGCCAUCUGCCCUGCUACCGACCUUUCAUGCUUGCGAGGACAUUUAAUUGGAAAUCUUGGGUUUAAAAAAGCCCACUAAAAUAACUGACCUUAAAAAAACCCUUCAAGUAGUUCGUUUAGCUUCCAUUUUGGACCUGGAAUGUCCCGGGUAAUGUGGCUUUUCUUUUCUACCAUCAGCUAGCUAUUUAUUUAAGCUUCGUGUAUUUGUUGUCUUUCAUCUCCAUAGCUCAUGUGUGGUUAUAGCUGUUUCUCAAAUGAGUAUGUGUAAGUAAUGGUGAAAUACACUAACUAUUAGGGUUUGGGGUUAGGAGAAGCCAGACAUGGAGGGGGUGAGACUGCCCUACUUUGAAAGUAAAAGGAAAGACGCUUAAGUUAAAGAGCAUUCAUUUCUGAGUAAGCUUUUCUGGAAAAGAGCCUCAAAAAUAUCAGUCUCCUCAGAGUCCUCUUGUUCACGGGUAUUUUUUGUUGGUGUUUUUUUCCUCUUAAAUUACCAAUGAAAUAUCAUGUAUGAAUUUAUAAAUAAUUUUAGUUAUUUUGCUUUGAAAUAAGCUGUCUGAUACCUUGCUACGCUGGAUAAGUUGUGUUUGGAGCAGUGUGAGUAUGAAAUAAAGCAAAUGACUUUUCUCCUUUUUAAUCAUCCACGGAUGCCACUAUGAAAGAUGACAUUAAGCCACUACAGAGUUUUUCUAUGAAUACUUGUAAGUAAAAUGCUUUGAUAUAUAUAAACCUAAAUAAAGAGAUUGUAUUGAUAGAGACGUUGGAUAGGAAAAUUUAAAGACAUUCUUUAGGUUUAAAAAAAAGGCUUGCUGUAAAAUGGUGCGUUAUUCCAUUUAUUAAAGAUCAUAUUAAGGACAAGAA